UUACAGGGUGGUAUUGCAGCAGAAUGCAAGAUUCUUCGACGUGGAAGAAAAGUACAAACUACUGUCUGGGAAGACUGCAAGUCUCCUUGAAAUGGAGGAAGAAGUCACCAAGGUGUCCAAGAAGCUCGCCGCCUCCGAGGACGACCUGCAGGGGGCUCUCUCCACCUUCUCAUUGGCGACGCGCCUCAAACGUGACCUCUCCUCGCUCCAUGCUGUCGUCAUGGCGAUGCAGGACGACGAGAACUCCGCCUCUCGCGAUCUCCAGACAGUCCACGCCUGCUUCUUGAACGUGACUGAGACGUGGCAGACGGGCCUCGGUGACCUCCGACCUGGCCUCUGAAGAUGGAGUCACGUGAUGCGCACGCCGGCGCCACGGACCGGGUGAACGAGGCCGAGCAUAGGGCCUGGGCGCUGGACGAGAGGCUGGAGGAGCUGGAGGACAGCGCCCGGCGGAACACAUGCGCCCUGGGCCGCACCGAGGACGAGGAUGCCAAGCGGGCCCAGGACCAGCUGGACUGGAACACCAAGUAGCUCCACAAACUGGAGGACCAAGUCUGGAGCUUGCUCCGAGUAGAUACCGAGUUAGUCGCCCAGCUAGAGGAGCACAUCCCCCGGGCCCAGCAGUGCGAGGCUCACCUCCCGGCUGUGGAGGAGGCAGUGCGAUCCAUUCUGAGGCUGGGGGGGACCUGGGGACGGCGGAGCGAAAGCUGGAGGAGCUCACCCUGCAGGUGUUUGGGACGGAGGACAGCAUGCUUAAAGCCCUGACGGAGAUCCUGGACAUCAAGCAGGCUCUGGACGCCCUCCAGGCCCACAACAGCAUCCUCAAGAUGAGGAAUGAGUUGGCCGUUGUCAAGGAGACGCUGGGACAGCUCAGCAGGGGGGAGGAGCAACAGGACAACCAGGAUAAUUCUGGGAUGCCGGAUAGGGAAGGGGAGAGGGAGGGGUGAAAGGUCAAGGACCCAGAGCAGGAUGAGCCACCCCAGCCGGUGCAUAAUGAUGACCUCAGUGUGUGAUGUCAAUUUUAAACCAUGGGAAGGAGUGGUCCUGUCAUUCCAUUUGUUUUAAAACUGCUGUUAAAUCCUCACAUAGUUAUACCAUUGCUACGUUGUGUGAUUUGUGCAUUUUAACUUGCUAUUGCUAAAGUUUAUCGAUACGUUUCAUCAAUAGGUUUUAAGUUCUUGUCUCACAAACACACUACUAUCUCAUAUGGGCACCAAUCAAUGUUGUCUGCACUGGCUGCUGAAAGUCAGCAACUGAAUGUAGCGUCUUCACCCAAACACUGCUCCUGUAAUCUGUAAAGGAUAUUGUUGCCUUGUCGGUGUCUGAAAGGAGAACAAUUGUGACCUGUACUCCAAUAUCAUCAGGUACUCAAAUGUUGAGUUUGUAUACAUUUUUUUAUAAACAUUUUAUGUUUGACAGUUAUGCCAGUAUUGCAUUUGUAAUAAAUGUGCCUUAUUAGUGUUUCUCUGAAUCUUUUAAAUGCUCAAAUUUGGUUUAAUCUAUUGUAAAAAAAAUAAAAAAUAAAAAUUAUUCUCUCUCCUAGCUUGCAUCUCUAGUAAAUUAAAAGCAGUCUCAAAUAUCUUAGUGUUGUUACCCAUUUAUUUGCUCUAUUUAUUUUCACCAAACAUCAGCUUUCUGUGUAACUUACAGUCUCCCUGCAUGUUUUUCAAUGCAUCCUAUCUACAUGUGUAUGACUGCAGGAUUUAGCUGCUCAGUCUUUUCCUAUGUAAAGCUCUUUUCUAAAAUGGCCACCCUGUUCUGUCUUUCCACCUGUUUCCUGGCGCAGUGCGAGGGUGUCCAGAGCCUGUUGGAGCAUCUAGAGAGGCAGCCUGGUGGUCUCCUGCCCAACUUGGAGGCCCUGGAGCGGGAUGUAAGCCAGCUGAAGGACUGGGCAUCUGGCCUAACGGAGAAACGCGGCCUGCUCCAGGACAGCGUGGCAGCACUGACCGAGGCUGUGGGACAAAUCGAGGGACGGACCUCUGUCAUCACUAAGGAUGUCAACACUAAGGUGGCGUCGGUGCGGACAGACGUGCGUCGGAUGGAUGGGCUCCAGUCGGAGGUGGAGUCUCUCCUGGAGAAGGUAACGGAGCUGGAGGAGAGGGCCGCCCAGGCCGAACGCAGCAUGGUCAAACGUAUCGGCGACCUGCUGGCCGGCAGCAUCGACCGCAUCCAGGGCCUCAAGGGCGCCACGGAGCGCAACGCCCAAGCCCUGGAGCAGCUCAAACGCCGCCUACCUGAGCUGUUCGCCAAUGACCGGCAGAUCUCGGAGCGCCUGAGGGAGCUGGAAAGCGGCCGCGCCCGAUUGGUCCGCACGGUGACCUUCGCCGGCGACCUCAAGCCCAAGGUGGCGGCCAUCAAGCGGGACUUCGGGGCGCUGGCUCCGCAGGUGGAUGAGCUGACCCUGAGGAUCGGCCGUCUGGCCGAGGAUCUGACCAGGAGGGAGGAGGACAUCGCAGAGCUACGGCAGACCUUCGCUAACCUCAGCGCUGUGGAGGAGGACCUAGGAGUUGUGACACAGCAGUUGAGUCAGAUAGUUGAGCCUGAGAUGCAGGUAGUGGGAGGAGAGAUGCUUCUGCAGAAAGUCAACGUGAGUCAAGCCCUCCCUCAGACACUGGAAGGAGAGCUGUGAAGGAGUGCUUUUCUAUAAGCUAUAGAUCUACAGAGUAAAUGGCAAACUUUCAGCUUGUCACCAAUCCCUCCCUUACAAUAACUUGCACAUUUUUGUAAAUCUCAAACAGAGUUUGCUGAUCUCUCUGUACACCCAUGGUCGACCACACCUAGCCCUUACAACAGGUACUUCUGGAUUCCCCCCCAGAGAUCUUGAUUAAUGUAAGCAAUAUGGUGGAAACCACACAACAGGUUACUCCCCCUAUAAUGUACAUUUCAGUAUACUUUCCAUUGACUGUAUACCUAUGCAGAUCUUUAGGGGGUCGAGAGGUAAGUCCUAGGGGUUAGGUUGAGACUAACUGGGCCUUUUGUCUAGAAUGCUGACUAACUUAUGUUGCUUUACAAAUUGCAUCCUUGAAUGAACCUGUCCUAUGAGUAGGUUGGAAUUUAUUGCGAUGAAUCUUAUCCUAAGGCAGAGCUGAGCAAUUUCCACUAGAAGGGCCAGUGGCAACGUCCAAAAUUCGCUAUAUAGCGUCAGAAUUCAUGAAAACAAAAAUGUGCUUGUUGGUCUUAAUUUAAGGUUAGGGAUAAGGUUAGCAGUGUGGUUUAGGUUAUGUUUAAAAUCAGAUUUUAUGGCUGCGCCAGCUAGUGACUACCCUGCCGAGCUGCCUCCAGUACAUGAGUCAUCCCAAUAAAUGCCAACCUGUGUCCUAGGAGGCUGGAAUGUUAUUUUUUGAGAAAAAUGGCAUCCAUCAUGGUGAAUGAGAGGUCUUGCUGGUCCACAGUUUUGGAAUGUGAGCAUUCUCUUGAACAGUUUCCCCCUUAUCAGUUGUCAGUCUGGCCAGUGGUGGGGUUGUAACAACACUGCUUGACCCCUGUGUGACCUGCACACGGGUAUGUAUUCUCAGGCUAAGGGGCCUGUUCAGGAGGAAUGUUAUGCUACAAUAUGAUUCUGUUCUGUACAAUAAGGAAUGAUGAUGUCAGCGCUAUACAUUCUACCUGCAAUGUUCUCAAUAGUUCACAGUGCUGAAUACAUGCCCUGGGGUUCCACAUGGCUAGCUAGUCCUGCUAGUUUUUACAUCUCUCUGCCAUCAAUCAAAUCGAAAUGAGUCUGGUUUAAAGGUAUAGGGACCUAAAAUAGAAUUCUGAACGCUGCAGCCCGCAAGGCAAUGUAGCUUUGCCUGUGUUUACACCAGGGUGUGCAAUCUGUCACCAGGAGUUUAUUCAAUGGGGCUGACUGCAGAGCAAUGCAGGUAGAAAUGUGUGGCAUAGAGCUGUGAUUCAUGUCAGAGAGUUGUUUCUAUUCUGUGUUUAACAUUUUCAUCUGCAACAUUGCUGACUUUGCACUCCUCUGAAAAAAAAACUUGGGCUUAUUCAGUGGGUUACCGUAUGUUCUGAUAGAAAUAUGUUGUGUAGAUCAGACAUGACGAUCAUGUAGGAUAGGGAAGCAUGCCAAUCUAUUGAUUGCAUUUCUAGGGCUACACCGCUGAGUAAGCCUCCAGGUGUUUUACAGGAAAUGUACGUCUGAAGGAGGAAGUAUGUAUUGGAGCUGAACAAUGAGCUGACGACCUCACAGCCAAUCACCAAAGGCCAAUCACAACUUGUUUAACAUGCACAUUGGCAUGUCAUCUCUAAAAAUAAAGUUGAACCUACACAUACCUGGAAUUGCUCAAUGACAAGCAGACAUUAAGACGCAGAUUGCAGCUGGUCUUUGGGUAAAGAGUGUGGAUACCAUACCACCGUUUUAACUAAAGCUAAUUACAUGUACAGAUCACACCACAUGUAUUUACUGUAGCCAUUCCUUUAAACUGUCACAACCCCAUUGUAGUGGUGUUAGGAAAUGCAGAGAUCGUAUUUUUUGUUUGUUUUAAAGCCUUGGAUAUAUUGUUCUUCAUGUGAGGGAUGUGCUUCAUAAAUUAUGUCAAUUUGAA